CAUGAGGCCAGCUGUCGUUGCUGUCCUGCUACCUUGCGCCGUCACCGCAUACACCCUCGCUCCGCUCAAGGCCCGCCUCCAGCGUGCCGACACUCCCUCCCUCCGCACUGACGACGUCCACGCUCAACGCCCCAUCCUCGAUACUCCGGGCCUCGCGAUGCCUCCAUCUGGAGCCCCUCAAGAUGGUCCGCCCGCCGGCGGCCCUGGCACCGUGAUACUGUCUGAUGUAAUGGGCCGUGACAGGUCGAUCAACAUCUUUGCGGGCCUGGUGCGGGAUGUCGAGGGCGUCUCGCGACGGCUGGACGACGAAGGCCAGAACUCAACCGUCCUUGCGCCGCUGAACAGCGCGAUGGAGAAGUUGCCGCGCAAGCCGUGGGAGGACCCUGAGGAGUACGACAAGCUAGGGGCGCAGGCGUAUGAGGGGGAUGAGGGGUGGGAGAGGGCGCAGAGGAAUAUCCGGCGAUUUGUGGAGGCGCAUGUGGUACCGGUGAAUCCGUGGAAGGAGGGAGAGAAGGUCAAGGCGAUGAGUGGGGAGGAGGAGCUGUGGUGGGAGAAUAAAGAUGGCACAAAGGUGAUGCAACCGGGUAAUAUUGAGGUGGACAGUGUUGCGAGCUCCGUCCAAAACGGUCAAGUUUGGAUAUUGAAGGGCGUUCGCAACUACUCCUCAUAGAUGAUGCUUGUUUCGUUUUGAAUAGGUACGAUGGAUAGCAUAUACACAAUAAGAAACUCGAGUUCGC